AGUGCUGUACCCAGAGUGUGUCCCAGCCUGUCUCUGUGUGUCUCGUGAACAUCAGCAUGGCCCCCAAGAAGAAGGAAGAGCCCAAGCCAGCCGCGGCCCCCAAGCCCCCGGAGCCCGAGCCGCCCAAGAUCCCGGAGUUUAACCCCGCGGAAGUCCAGCUUGAGUUCACUGCCGAGCAGAUUGAGGAUUUCAAGGAUGCGUUCCAGCUGUUUGACAGGACGCCAACCAACGAGAUGAAGAUCACCUUCGCCCAGUGCGGAGACCUGAUCCGGGCCUUGGGCCAGAACCCCACCAACGCCGAGGUCAUGUACGUCUUAGGCAAGCCCAAAGCUGAAGACAUGCAGGUGAAGAUGCUGGACUUCGACCAGUUCCUGCCCAUGCACCAGCACAUCUGCAAGGCCAAAGACCGCGGCACCUUCGAGGACUUCGUGGAGGGCCUGCGAGUGUUCGACAAAGAGGGAAACGGGACAGUGAUGGGCGCUGAACUCAGACACGUCCUCGCGACUCUGGGUGAGAAGAUGAAGGAGGAUGAGGUGGAGCAGCUGAUGACUGGACAGGAGGAUGCCAACGGCUGUAUAAACUACGAAGCUUUUGUAAAGCACAUCAUGGCUGGCUGAACAGAUGAUCAAGACACCUCAUUGAGGAUCCAGAUGUUAUUUGGUCGUUGUUCUUUUGUAAAUGAACGCUGGUGUUUUCCUCCGUCUCUCAAACUGUCUUUUUGUAACGCUCCUUUGUCUGCUGCUGUGCCAGAACACAUCACACCUGCUCUUUUGUGAAUAAAACCCGUUUAAUAAAUGUCAUGCUUGGUUUAAACAGCC